GGGCGAGGAGUCGGGUUAGAAGAAUAGCCCGAGCGGAGGACGGUGGCGGCUGCGCGAGGAGCCGGCGCCGAGGGUCUGGCCACUCUGCCAGCCUGGAGAGGGCUGGAGACUGAAAAUGUCUUCUGAACCUUUUUGUCUGGCUGCUCAAACUAGGUUUGAUUCCAAAUGGCUGAAGACAGAUUUACAGCUUGCUUUUACACGAGAUGGACUCUGUGGCUUGUGGAAUGAAAUGGUGAAAGAUGGAGAAAUUGUAUACACUGGAACAGAAUUAGCACAAAGUGGUGAACUACCUCUAAGAAAAGAUGAUAGCACUGAAUGCCAGACUGGAUCAAAGAAGGAAGAACAAAAUGACAAAGAAAAAAAAGAUGAAGAGGAAACUCCACUACCUACUUAUAGGGCCAAAUCGAUUGUUGAGAGUUGGGUGUGGGGUAAACAACCAGAUGUGAAUGAGUUGAAAGAGUGCCUGUAUGUGCUGGUGAAGGAACAGCAAGUUCUGGCCACACAAACUGCCACGACAACUCUUUCGGCUCUGCGGCUGAAGCAGAGGCUAGUUGUCCUGGAACGAUAUUUCAUUGCAUUGAACAGAACCGUUCUUCAGGAGAACGUCAAGGUUAAGUGGAAAAGCAGUAGUAUUCCUCUGCCUGCUGCGGACAAGAAAAGUCCCAGACCGAUAGGCAAAGGUGUAGAAGGACUUGCACGAGUGGGAUCCAGAGCAGCACUUUCAUUUGCAUUUGCAUUCCUUCGCAGAGCUUGGAGGUCAGGUGAGGAUGCAGACCUUUGCAGUGAAUUGUUACAAGAAUCUCUUGAUGCACUACGAGCACUACCAGAAGCAUCCCUUUUCGAUGAAGGGACUGUAUCAUCUGUAUGGUUGGAAGUUGUGGAGAGAGCUACUAAAUUCCUAAGGUCUGUUGUGACUGGUGAUGUACAUGGAGCUCCAAGUUCCAAAGGGCCAGCAAACAUUCCAUUACAAGACCAGCACUUGGCACUUGCUAUAUUGUUAGAGUUGGCAGUGCAGAGGGGCACACUAAGCCAAAUGUUGUCUGCUGUUAUGUUGCUGCUUCAACUCUGGGAUAAUGGAACAAGGGAAACAGAUAAUGAGCGAUCUGCACAAGGCACAAGUGCACCCCUUCUGCCUUUGCUGCAACGGUUUCAGAGCAUAAUCUGUAAUAAAGACAUACCUAACGCCGAGGAUGAGAUUCAGAUGCUGUCCUACUCCCUGAGUCCCAAUGAGAGUUUUCUGAGGUACCUGACUUUACCACAGGACAAUGAGCUAGCAAUUGAUCUGCGACAAACGGCAGUUGUGAUCAUGGCCCACUUAGAUCGCCUGGCUACUCCAUGUAUGCCUCCACAGUGUAGCUCUCCUACAUCUCAUAAGGGAUCUUUGCAAGAAGUCAUAGGUUGGGGUUUAAUAGGAUGGAAAUAUUAUGCUAAUGUGAGUGGUCCAAUUCAGUGUGAAGGACUUGCCAAUCUUGGAGUUAUGCAAAUUGCCUGUGCAGAGAAACGUUUUUUAAUCUUAUCUAGAAAUGGACGAGUUUACACGCAGGCAUACAACAGUGACACACUGGGACCACAGCUGGUGCAGAGUCUUGCUUCUAGAAAUAUUGUGAAGAUUGCAGCACAUUCAGAUGGUCACCACUAUCUUGCCUUGGCAGCAACUGGAGAGGUUUUCUCUUGGGGUUGUGGAGAUGGUGGAAGACUAGGCCAUGGGGACACAGUACCCCUAGAGGAACCAAAGAUGAUAUCUGCUUUAUCUGGAAAGCAGGCUGGGAAACAUGUUGUUCAUAUUGCAUGUGGAAGCACAUAUAGCGCAGCCAUCACUGCUGAGGGAGAGUUGUAUACAUGGGGACGAGGGAACUAUGGCAGGCUGGGGCAUGGUUCCAGUGAAGAUCAGACCAUCCCAAUGCUCGUCACAGGGCUGAAAGGACUGAAGGUUAUUGAUGUGGCCUGUGGAAGUGGAGAUGCUCAAACUCUUGCAGUGACUGAAAAUGGCCAGGUGUGGUCUUGGGGUGAUGGAGAUUACGGGAAGCUAGGAAGAGGUGGCAGUGAUGGUUGCAAAACUCCCAAGUUGAUAGAAAAGCUUCAGGACCUGGAUGUUGUGAAAGUACGCUGUGGGAGUCAAUUUUCUGUUGCUUUAACAAAAGACGGGCAGGUCUAUUCCUGGGGGAAAGGUGACAAUCAGAGGCUUGGGCAUGGAACAGAAGAGCAUGUUCGAUAUCCUAAACUGCUGGAAGGCUUGCAAGGGAAAAAAGUGGUGGAUGUGGCGGCUGGAUCUACCCAUUGCUUGGCACUUACUGAGGAUAGUGAAGUGCACAGCUGGGGGAGCAAUGAUCAGUGCCAGCAUUUUGAUACUUUGAGGAUCACUAAACCAGAGCCUACUGCUCUCCCAGGAUUAGACAGAAAGCACAUUGUUGGAAUUGCUUGUGGGCCUGCCCAGAGUUUUGCCUGGUCAUCUUGUUCUGAAUGGUCCAUUGGUUUGCGUGUACCGUUUGUGGUGGAUGUUUGCCCAAUGACAUUUGAACAGCUAGAUCUCCUAUUGAGACAAGUGACUGAGGGAAUGGAUGGCACCUCUGACUGGCCACCACCGCAGGAGAAGGAAUGUAUGGCUGUUGCAACCUUAAAUCUUCUAAGACUUCAGCUACAUGCUGCCAUCAGUCACCAGGUUGAUCCAGAGUGCCUUGGCUUGGGUUUAGGCAGCGUCUUGUUGAAUAGCCUGAAACAGUCCGUGGUAACUUUAGCAAGUAACGCUGGAGUUCUUAAUACUGUGCAGUCAGCUGCUCAAGCAGUGCUGCAGAGUGGGUGGUCUGUGCUGCUGCCAACAGCAGAGGAGCGAGCUAGGGCUCUUUCAGCUCUCCUACCCAGUGCAGUUUCAGGAAAUGAAAUGAAUGUAAGUCCAGGCCGUCGAUUUAUGAUUGACCUCUUGGUGGGCAGUUUGAUGGCUGAUGGAGGUUUAGAGUCUGCAUUAAAUGCUGCUAUCUCUGCAGAAAUUCAGGAUAUUGAGGCAAAAAAAGAAGCCCAGAAAGAAAAAGAAAUUGAUGAACAGGAAGCAAAUGCCUCAACACUUCAUCGGAGCAGGACUCCAUUAGACAAAGACCUUAUUAAUACUGGGAUCUAUGAGUCUGCAGGGAAGCAGAGUUUACCUUUGGUUCAACUGAUUCAGCAAUUACUGAGGAACAUCGCUUCGCAGACUAUAGCCAAGCUAAAAGAUGUGGCUCGUCGCAUUUCUUCCUGCCUGGACCACGAACAUUACAGUAAAGAGAGGUCUGCUUCUUUGGACUUGUUGCUGCGUUUUCAGCGUUUACUUGUUAGUAAACUUUACCCAGGAGAGAAUGUUGGGCAGGUCCCUAAUACAUAUGGUCCUGAGCUUCUAGGAGUUGGUUCUCUGCUAAAGAAAUACACAGCACUUUUGUGCACACACAUUGGUGAUAUACUACCUGUGGCAAUCAGCAUUGCAUCCACUAGUCAUAGACAUUUUGCAGAAGUAUCUCGGGUUGUGGAUGGAGAUUUAACAGGUGUUCUCCUUCCAGAGUUGGUCGUUUCUAUAGUGUUGCUUCUCAAUAAAAAUGCUGGACUGAUGCAGGAAGCGGGUGCUAUUCCUCUGUUGGCUGGCCUUCUAGAGCAUCUGGACAGAUUUAACCAUCUAGCACCUGGAAAAGAGAGAGAUGACAAUGAGGAUUUAGCAUGGCCCGGAAUAAUGGGUUCAUUUUUUACUGGCCAGAGCUGCAGAAAUAAUGAGGAAGUAACACUUAUACGUAAAGCUGAUCUAGAGAACCAUAAUAAAGAUGGAGGCUUCUGGACAGUGAUUGAUGGGAAAGUGUAUGAUAUAAAAGAUUUUCAGACCCAGUCUUUAACAGGAAAUAGUAUACUUGCUCAGUUUGCAGGUGAGGACCCAGUUGUUGCUUUGGAAGCUGCCUUGCAAUUUGAGGAUACAAGAGAGUCGAUGCAUGCCUUCUGUGUUGGCCAGUAUAUGGAGCCUGACCAGGAAGUGAUUACAACACCAGAUCUUGGCAGUCUGUCAUCACCUCUCAUAGACACAGAAAGAAAUCUGGGCCUUCUUCUUGGACUGCAUGCUUCCUACCUAGCAAUGAGUACACCGCUUUCUCCUGUGGAGGUUGAAUGUGCCAAAUGGCUUAAGUCAUCUAUCUUCUCUGGAGGCUUGCAGACCAGUCAGAUACAUUACAGUUACAAUGAGGAGAAAGAUGAAGACCACUGCAGUUCACCUGGGAACACUACCCCAAACAAAUCAAAACUAUAUUCACAUCGACUAACCUUGAGUGACCAUUCACAACCAUUUCUGCAAGCCAUUGCAGAUAAUAAUAUUCAGGAUCACACUGUGAAGGACUUUUUAUGUCAAGUAGAGAGGUACUGCAAACAAUGUCACUUGACAACACCAAUCACAUUCCCUCCUGAGCAUCCUGUGGAAGAAGUAGGACGUUUACUCCUAUGUUGUCUUCUAAAACAUGAAGAUUUAGGUCAUGUGGCAUUGUCUCUAGUACAUCCUGGUACCCUGGGAGUUGACCAAGUCAAACACAGAACCUUACCGAAAUCUGUAGUAGAUGUAUGUCGUGUUGUCUAUCAAGCAAAAUGCUCGCUAAUUAAGACACAUCAGGAACAAGGCCGCUCCUAUAAGGAAGUUUGUGCUCCUGUCAUUGAACGUUUGAGAUUCCUGUUCAAUGAAUUGCGUCCUGCAGUCUGCAAUGACAUCUCCAUAAUGUCAAAGUUUAAACUUCUGAGCUCUUUGCCCCGAUGGAGGAGGAUAGCUCAGAAGAUAAUUCGAGAGAGAAGAAAAAAAAGAGUGCCAAAAAAAUCUGAAUCUGCUGAUGUGGAAGAAUCCAAAAUUGGAAAUGAGGAGAGUGACUUAGAAGAGUCAUGUGUUGUACCCCAUAGUCCUGUGUCUGUAGAUAAAAGGCCCAUACCAGUCAAGUCACCUAAGGAUAAAUGGCAACCACUUCUGAGUACAGUUACAGGUGUUCACAAAUAUAAAUGGCUGAAGCAAAAUGUGCAAGGCUUGUAUCCCCAGUCUGCUCUCCUCAACACCAUUGUUGAAUUUGCACUGAAAGAAGAGCCAGUGGAUGUAGAAAAGAUGAGAAAAUGUUUAUUGAAACAGUUAGAAAGAGCAGAAGUUCGUUUGGAGGGGAUAGAUACAAUUCUGAAACUGGCAACUAAAAGCUUCUUACUCCCAUCUGUGCAAUAUGCUAUGUUCUGUGGAUGGCAGAGGCUUAUUCCAGAGGGGAUCAAUAUAGGGGAACCGCUCACAGACUGUUUGAAGGAUGUUGAUCUGAUCCCACCAUUUAAUAGAAUGCUACUGGAAGUAACUUUUGGAAAGUUGUAUGCGUGGGCUAUUCAAAAUGUCCGGAACAUCUUGUUGGAUGCUAAUGUCAGAUUUAAAGAACUAGGUAUCCAACCUGUUCCUCUGCAAACCAUUACUAAUGAGAAUGCUGCCGGACCAAGUCUUGGGACCAUUCCACAAGCACGCUUUCUGUUGGUCAUGCUCAACAUGCUGACCUUACAGCAUGGUGCCAACACCUUGAACCUCCUUCUCAACUCUGGCAUGCUAGCAUUGACACAAACCACACUGCGGCUAAUAGGGCCUAGUUCUGACAACGUUGAAGAAGAUAUGAUUGCCGCUUCUCGAGGAGUUUCUGCCACGGUUUUGGAAGAGUCAAGGAAAGAAACCACACCAGUUCAGCUUCCUGUGUCUGGGCCAGAGCUGGCAGCCAUGAUGAAAAUUGGUACCAGGGUGAUGAGAGGGGUGGACUGGAAAUGGGGUGAUCAGGAUGGGCCCCCUCCAGGUUUGGGUCGUGUGAUUGGUGAACUGGGAGAGGAUGGCUGGAUUAGGGUUCAGUGGGACACUGGCAGUACAAAUUCUUACAGGAUGGGGAAGGAGGGAAAAUAUGACCUCAAACUGGCUGAGCCACCACCUGCAGCUCAACCCACAACAGAAGACUCUGAUACAGAGGAUGAUUCUGAAGGAGAACAAGCUGAAAGGAAUCUUCACCCCACUUCCACGAUGCUGAUGAGUACCAUGAACCUGUUACAGACGCUCUCUCUCUCUGCUGGAGUCCAUGCUGAAGUCAUGCAGAAUGAAGCGACCAGAACUUUGUGUGGAUUGCUUCGCAUGUUGGUGGAGAGUGGAACGAUAGAUAAAUCAACUUCGUUGCCAAAUAAGUUGGUUUAUAAAGAGCAGCAUAGAAGCUGGUGCACGUUAGGAUUCAUUCGAAGUAUAGCACUCAUGCCUCAGAUGUGCAGCACGCUUAGCACAUCUCAGUGGAUAACUUUGCUAAUGAAAAUUGUGGAGGGGCAUGAAUCUUUCACUGCUGCAUCACUACAGAGACAGAUCCUUGCUGUGCAUUUAUUAAAAGCGGUACUUCCAUCUUGGGACAAAACGGAAAGAUCAAGAGACAUGAAAUUUCUUGUGGAAAAACUAUUUGGUUUCUUAGGCAGUCUACUUAGUACUUGCUCUUCAGAUAUCCCACUACUCAGAGAAUCUACUCUGAGGAGGAGGAAGGCCAGGCCUCAAGCAUCUUUAACUGCAACUCACAGCAGUACUUUGGCAGAAGAGAUAGUGGCACUGCUGAGGACACUCCAUUCACUAAGUCAAUGGAAUGGACUCAUAAACAAGUACAUCAACUCUCAACUAACCUCCAUCACCCACAUCUUUGCAGGAAAACAGUCAGAAGGGAAUGUUUUAGAAGACUACUUCACAGAUUCUGAGAAUCCAGAGGUGGGAGGCUUAAUGGCUGUACUAGCAGUGAUUGGUGGAAUAGACAGCCGCUUGAGAUUAGGUGGACAAGUCGUUCAUGAUGAAUUUGGAGAAGGCACAGUGACGCGCAUCACACCAAAAGGAAGAAUCACCGUUCAAUUCUAUGACAUGCGAACAUGUAGAGUGUGCCCCUUAAGUCAACUAAAACCGCUUCCAGUAGUGGCUUUUAAUGUGAACAACUUGCCAUUCACUGAACCCAUGUUGUCUAUCUGGGCUCAGCUGGUAAACUUGGCCGGAAGUAAAAUAGAAAAACACAGAAUGAAGUCUCCCAACCAGGGUCUUUCAGGUCAAGUGGAUUUGGAUCUGCUGAGAUGCCAACAGUUAAAACUGUACAUAUUGAAAGCAGGUCGAGCUCUGCUAUCUCACCAGGAUAAAUUAAGGCAGAUCUUAUCUCAACCAGCUGUACAAGAGGCUGGAUCGAUUCCCACAGAGGAUGGAGCAGUUGCAUCGCCUGACAUAGGAGAUAUGUCUCCUGAAGGACCUCAACCUCCCAUGAUCCUCUUACAGCAGCUUCUGACAGCUGCUACCCAGCCAUCACCUGUGAAAGCAAUAUUUGACAAACAAGAGCUUGAGGCUGCUGCUUUGGCAGUGUGCCAGUAUCUAGCUGUGGAGUCCACUCAUCCUUCCACUCCACUGUUUGAAGACUGUAGCUCCAGUGAGGCCACAACACCCGUCACAGUGCAGCAUAUCCGACCUGCAAAAGUGAAGAAACGCAAGCAAUCUCCCAUUCCACCCCUCCCUAUUGUAGUUCAGCUUAUGGAAAUGGGAUUUCCUAGGAAAAAUAUUGAAUUUGCACUGAAGUCGCUCUCAGGGACCUCUGGAAGUGCUUCUGGAUUACCAGGAGUGGAAGCCUUGGUUGGUUGGCUGUUGGAUCACCCUGAUGUCCAGAUUACUGAUCUCUCAGAUGCUGAUACUGUGUCUGAUGAAUAUUCAGAUGAGGAGAUGGUAGAAGAUGUGGAAGAAGCUGAGGCUGCUUGUCCUAUUUCUAGUGGUGCUGUUGUUACAGAGAGCCAAACAUACAAGAAACGAGCUGAUUUCUUAAGUAAUGAUGAUUAUGCUGUGUAUAUACGAGAGAACAUUCAGGUGGGGAUGAUGGUUAGAUGCUGCAGGACCUAUGAGGAAGUUUGUGAAGGAGAUGUAGGUAAAGUUAUUAAAUUGGAUCGAGAUGGACUACAUGACCUCAAUGUGCAAUGUGAUUGGCAACAAAAGGGUGGCACUUAUUGGGUCAGAUAUAUCCACGUUGAGCUUAUAGGAUUCCCACCACAGAGUUCUCCUUCUCACAUUAAGAUUGGCGACAAAGUGCAUGUGAAAACCUCAGUUACGACACCUAAAUACAAAUGGGGAUCUGUUACUCAUAGGAGCGUGGGGGUUGUAAAAGCUUUUAGUGCCAAUGGAAAAGAUGUCAUCGUAGACUUCCCUCAGCAGUCUCACUGGACUGGUUUAUUGUCAGAAAUGGAAUUGGUCCCCAGCAUUCAUCCAGGGGUCACGUGUGAUGGCUGUCAGAUGUUUCCUAUCAAUGGGCCUAGGUUCAAAUGUAGAAACUGUGAUGACUUUGACUUUUGUGAAACCUGUUUCAAAACCAGAAAGCAUAACACCCGGCAUACUUUCGGCAGAAUAAAUGAACCAGGUCAGUCUCCCGUAUUUUGUGGGCGUUCUGGAAAACAGCUGAAGAGACAUCAUAGUAGUCAGCGAGGAAUGCUACUGGAUGACUGGUCACGAAUUGUUAAGAAUUUGAAUGUGUCGUCUUCUGUGAAUCAGGCUUCACGUUUGAUUGAUGGCAGUGAACAAUGUUGGCAGUCUUCUGGCUCACAAGGAAAGCACUGGAUUCGUUUAGAGAUUUUCCCUGAUGUACUUGUCCACAGACUGAAGAUGAUAGUUGAUCCUGCAGACAGCAGCUACAUGCCCUCUCUUGUUGUGGUUUCAGGUGGGAAUUCUUUAAAUAACCUUAUAGAGCUAAAGACAAUCAACAUUAACCCUGCGGACACCACGGUGCCUCUUCUUAGUGAUUGUAUAGAGUAUCACAGGUAUAUUGAGAUUGCUAUAAAGCAGUGCAGAAGCUCUGGAAUAGAUUGCAAAAUACAUGGUCUUAGCAUACUGGGGCGUAUCCGGGCAGAGGAUGAAGAUUUGGCUGCAGUCCCUUUCCUUGCUUCUGAUAAUGAGGAAGAGGAUGAUGAUAAAGCCAAUACUGGGAGUCUUGUCAGGAAGAAGAUGGCAGGGCUGGAAUCAGCAGCUACUAUAAGAACCAAAGUUUUUGUUUGGGGACUGAAUGACAAAGAUCAGUUGGGAGGACUAAAGGGUUCUAAGAUCAAGGUUCCUUCAUUCUCUGAAACACUUUCUGCCUUGAAUGUAGUACAGGUAGCUGGUGGAUCCAAAAGCCUUUUUGCAGUAACUGUAGAGGGCAAAGUGUAUGCCUGUGGAGAAGCCACUAAUGGAAGACUUGGUUUAGGCCUAUCCAGUGGAACUGUACCUAUUCCCCGACAGAUUACAGCUCUCAGUAAUUAUGUAGUGAAGAAGGUGGCUGUUCACUCAGGUGGCCGGCAUGCUAUGGCUUUAACUGUUGAUGGGAAGGUAUUUUCAUGGGGCGAAGGAGACGAUGGAAAACUUGGCCAUUUCAGCAGAAUGAAUUGUGAUAAACCAAGAUUGAUAGAAGCAUUGAAAACCAAGCGUAUCCGUGAUAUUGCUUGUGGCAGUUCUCACAGUGCUGCCAUCACAUCUAGUGGUGAACUGUACACAUGGGGCCUUGGAGAAUACGGCAGGCUGGGUCAUGGAGACAAUACUACACAACUCAAACCGAAGAUGGUUAAAGUGCUUCUUGGUCACAGAGUCAUUCAAGUUGCUUGUGGAAGCAGAGAUGCUCAGACUCUGGCUUUGACAGAUGAAGGUUUGGUGUUUUCCUGGGGAGAUGGUGACUUUGGAAAACUGGGCCGAGGAGGAAGUGAAGGAUGCAAUAUUCCUCAGAACAUUGAAAGACUAAAUGGCCAGAGCGUGUGCCAGAUUGAGUGUGGGGCUCAGUUCUCUUUGGCACUUACCAAAUCUGGAGUGGUGUGGACCUGGGGCAAGGGGGAUUACUUCAGGCUAGGUCAUGGCACUGAUGUUCAUGUGCGAAAGCCACAGGUUGUGGAAGGGUUGAGAGGGAAGAAGAUUGUACAUGUGGCUGUAGGUGCACUUCACUGCCUGGCUGUCACUGACACAGGACAGGUUUAUGCUUGGGGUGACAACGAUCAUGGACAACAAGGCAAUGGAACUACUACAGUCAAUAGAAAACCCACUCUUGUACAGGGUUUAGAAGGCCAGAAAAUUACACGUGUUGCUUGUGGAUCUUCCCACAGUGUAGCAUGGACAACAGUGGAUGUAGCUACACCAUCUGUUCAUGAGCCAGUACUCUUCCAAACUGCUAGAGACCCUUUAGGCGCUUCUUAUCUAGGUGUCCCAUCAGAUGCAGACUCUUCUGCUGCCAGUAACAAAAUCAGUGGUGUAAACAGUUCCAAACCUAACCGCCCUUCCCUCGCUAAGAUUCUUCUGUCGCUAGAUGGGAACCUUGCCAAACAGCAAGCAUUAUCUCAUAUAUUGACAGCAUUACAAAUCAUGUAUGCCAGGGAUGCAGUGGUUGGAGCACUGAUGCCUGCAAGUAUGAUUGCACCAGUGGAAUGUCCUUCUUCAUCCCCGGUCCCACCACCAGAUGCUGCUUCUACAGGGAGCCCUGCCAAUGGGGAAGAGUGUGUGCUAGCAGUGGAUGUUGAAGAGAGACUGAGUCCAAAUCCCUGGCAAGACAGGAGAGGAGAGGUUGUUUCUUCAGAAGAUGCUGUGACCCCCUCUGCUGUAACUCCCUCAGCUGCUGCUGCCUCUUCUCGUCCUUUCAUUCCAGUCACUGAUGAUCCUGGAGCUGCCAGUAUCAUAGCAGAGACCAUGACGAAAACCAAAGAAGAUGUAGAAAGCCAAAGUAAAGUAUCUGGUCCCGAACCCCAAUACUUGGAUGAGUUCACUAGUCUUUUAGUACCGGAUGACACACGAGUCAUGGUUGACCUGCUGAAGCUUGCUGUCUCCACCAGGGCUGGUGAGAAGGGAAAGGAUGUUCUUUCCGCUGUGCUGUCUGGAAUGGGCACUGCGUACCCACAGGUUGCUGACAUGUUGUUGGAGCUGUGUGUUACAGAGUUAGAAGAUGUGGCUACAGACUCGCAAAGUGGCCGUCUUUCUUCACAGCCAGUGGUGGUGGAAAGUAGCCAUCCAUAUACAGAUGAUACUUCAACCAGUGGCACUGUUAAAAUACCAGGUGCUGAGGGACUCAGAGUAGAAUUUGAUCGCCAGUGUUCUACAGAGCGACGCCAUGACCCUCUCACCAUAAUGGAUGGAGUCAACAGGAUAGUUUCAGUCCGAUCAGGUCGUGAGUGGUCUGAUUGGUCUAGUGAAUUGCGAAUUCCGGGAGAUGAAUUAAAGUGGAAAUUCAUCAGUGAUGGCUCUGUGAAUGGAUGGGGAUGGCGAUUCACAGUUUAUCCUAUCAUGCCAGCUGCAGGCCCUAAAGACCUCCUUUCAGAUCGCUGCAUUCUUUCUUGUCCAUCAAUGGAUUUGGUAACAUGUUUGCUGGAUUUCCGCUUGAAUUUUGCUUCCAAUAGGAGUAUAGUUCCUCGCCUGGCAGCGUCACUUGCAGCAUGUGCUCAAUUGAGUGCCCUAGCUGCUGGACACAGAAUGUGGGCCUUGCAGAGACUACGGAAGCUGCUAACAACAGAGUUUGGCCAAUCUAUUAACAUAAAUAGGAUUCUAGGGGAUAAUGAUGGAGAAACACGAACUAUGAGUUUCACGGGCAGUGCUUUAGCUGCUUUGGUUAAAGGCCUUCCAGAAGCUUUGCAGCGGCAGUUUGACUAUGAAGAUCCUAUUGUGAGAGGUGGCAAGCAGUUGCUUCACAGCCCUUUCUUUAAGGUGCUUGUAGCUCUUGCUUGUGAUCUAGAAUUGGACACACUUCCUUGCUGUGCAGAGACACACAAAUGGGCUUGGUUCAGAAGAUACUGUAUGGCCUCCAGAGUUGCUGUUGCUCUUGAUAAAAGAACUUCAUUGCCUCGCCUUUUCCUUGAUGAGGUGGCAAAGAAAAUCCGAGAAUUAAUGGCAGAUAAUGAGAAUAUGGAUGUUCUCCAUGAGAGCCAUGAUGCCUUUAAGAGAGAGCAAGAUGAACAGCUUGUGCAAUGGAUGAACAGGAGACCAGAUGAUUGGACCCUUUCAGCUGGAGGUAGUGGAACUAUUUAUGGUUGGGGUCAUAAUCAUAGAGGACAGCUUGGAGGUAUUGAAGGGGCAAAGGUGAAAGUUCCAACUCCAUGUGAAGCCCUUGCCACACUUAGACCUGUGCAAUUAAUUGGUGGUGAACAGACUCUGUUUGCGGUGACUGCUGAUGGAAAGCUUUAUGCCACUGGAUAUGGUGCAGGUGGCAGGCUUGGAAUUGGAGGGACUGAGUCAGUUUCCACACCAACAUUACUGGAAUCCAUUCAGCAUGUGUUCAUAAAGAAAGUUGCUGUGAACUCAGGAGGAAAGCACUGUUUGGCACUAUCUUCAGAAGGCGAAGUUUAUUCUUGGGGAGAGGCAGAAGAUGGUAAACUGGGUCACGGAAACAGAAGUCCUUGUGAUCGUCCUCGUGUAAUUGAGUCUCUGCGAGGGAUAGAAGUAGUUGACAUCGCUGCUGGUGGAGCACACAGUGCAUGUAUUACUGCAGCAGGGGAUCUUUAUACAUGGGGAAAGGGGAGAUAUGGACGCCUUGGGCAUGGAGAUAGUGAGGAUCAGUUAAAACCCAAACUGGUGGAAGCAUUGCAGGGCUAUCGUGUGAUCGACAUAGCCUGUGGUAGUGGAGAUGCACAGACAUUGUGCCUGACUGAUGAUGAUACUGUCUGGUCAUGGGGUGAUGGAGAUUAUGGAAAACUUGGGAGAGGAGGCAGUGAUGGCUGUAAAGUACCAAUGAAGAUUGAUUCCCUCACAGGCCUUGGAGUGGUUAAAGUGGAAUGUGGAUCACAAUUCUCUGUGGCUCUUACUAAGUCCGGAGCAGUAUAUACCUGGGGUAAAGGAGAUUAUCAUCGAUUAGGCCAUGGAUCUGAUGACCAUGUGAGAAGACCUCGACAAGUACAAGGGCUGCAAGGAAAGAAAGUCAUCGCAAUAGCUACUGGCUCUUUGCACUGUGUUUGCUGCACUGAAGACGGUGAAGUGUACACGUGGGGAGAUAAUGAUGAAGGGCAGCUUGGAGAUGGGACAACUAAUGCUAUUCAAAGACCCCGGUUGGUUGCAGCACUUCAGGGUAAAAAAAUAAACAGAGUUGCCUGUGGGUCAGCACAUACUUUAGCCUGGUCGACUAGUAAACCUGCUAAUGCUGGCAAGCUUCCUACCCAAGUUCCUAUGGAGUACAACCAUCUACAGGAAAUACCAAUAAUUGCAUUGAGAAACAGACUGUUGUUACUGCAUCACAUCUCUGAACUAUUUUGUCCUUGCAUUCCCAUGUUUGAUCUUGAAGGACGCCUUGAUGAAACUGGCCAGGGACCCUCUAUUGGAUUUGAUACUUUACGGGGAAUUCUGAUAUCGCAGGGAAAGGAGGCAGCUUUCAGAAAGGUUGUGCAAGCAACUAUGGUGAGAGAUCGUCAGCAUGGACCAGUUGUAGAACUCAACAGAAUACAGGUAAAGCGUUCUAGAAGUAAAGGUGGAUUGGCUGGUCCUGAUGGUACAAAGUCAGUGUUUGGUCAAAUGUGUGCUAAAAUGAGUUCCUUCAGUCCAGACAGUCUUCUACUACCUCAUCGUGUUUGGAAAGUAAAGUUUGUUGGCGAGUCUGUGGAUGACUGUGGUGGAGGUUACAGUGAAUCAAUAGCAGAAAUGUGUGAAGAGCUCCAGAAUGGGCUUACCCCUCUCCUCAUUGUGACCCCGAAUGGAAGAGAUGAAUCUGGAGCAAAUAGAGAUUGCUUCCUGUUAAACCCUGCUGCCAAGUCUCUCUUACAUAUGAACAUGUUUCGUUUCCUGGGUGUGCUGCUGGGCAUUGCUAUCAGAACUGGCAGCCCGCUAAGCCUCAAUCUGGCAGAACCAGUAUGGAAACAGCUGGCAGGGAUGAACCUAACAAUUGCUGAUCUCAGUGAAGUUGAUAAAGAUUUUAUUCCUGGGCUUAUGUACAUUCGAGACAAUGAAGCUACUUCUGAAGAGUUCGAAGCCAUGAGCCUUCCUUUCACAGUGCCAAACGCAAGUGGUCAAGACAUUCAGUUGAGUUCCAAAUAUACCCAUAUUACACUGGAUAAUAGAGCUGAAUAUGUGAGACUGGCAAUAAACUACAGGCUUCAUGAAUUUGAUGAACAAGUUGCAGCAGUUCGGGAAGGGAUGGCCCGGGUUGUUCCUGUUCCUCUUCUUUCACUCUUUACGGGAUAUGAACUGGAAACAAUGGUAUGUGGAAGCCCAGAUAUCCCACUUCACCUUUUGAAGUCUGUAGCAACAUAUAAGGGAAUUGAACCUACUGCCUCCUUGAUACAGUGGUUCUGGGAGGUGAUGGAAUCCUUCUCCAAUACAGAACGAUCUCUCUUCUUACGUUUUGUAUGGGGCAGGACAAGGCUACCUAGAACUAUUGCAGACUUCAGAGGCAGGGACUUUGUUAUUCAGGUUUUGGAUAAAUACAAUCCUCCAGACCACUUCCUUCCUGAGUCCUAUACAUGCUUCUUUCUGCUGAAACUGCCCAGGUAUUCUUGUAAGCAGGUACUGGAGGAAAAACUGAAAUAUGCCAUUCAUUUCUGCAAGUCCAUAGACACUGAUGAUUAUGCCCGGAUAGCACUGACAGGAGAGCCAGCUGCUGAUGACAGUAGCGAUGAUUCCGACAAUGAAGAUGCAGAUUCUUUUGCUUCAGACUCUACACAGGAUUAUUUAACAGGACAUUGAAGCAAGUAACAUAAGAGACAAAUAUGUCACAAGCACUGAGGCAUGAAACGCCACUCGUGGCAUUUGAGCAAAGGAGUACAGAAUAUGUAUAACCAGAGGAAUACUAAUCUUCUGAACGUGGGGAAAGCUUGUUUGUUACUCACAAUAGGAAUAAUGGAGUAUAACUUAAGGCAUCUGCUUAGAAUAAAUGGCACGGUAUAUGGGCAUUUAACAUUUAUUUUAAGAGUUGAGAGUGUCCCCCAUAAGACUGCACUACAUUUAGAAGCUUUGUGUUUACUAAAGUGUUGUAAAUGUUUAUAUACAUAUGGUAGUGCAGCAUCCAGAAAAAGCAGUGAAACUUUUAAAUUGUGGGUGCAAUAGAUUUUUUUCAUAAUAAGUGUUUGUGUUCUGUGUAACUUCUUGAUUGUAUAUUGGAAAUACUGUGCAGCAGCUGAAUAGUAUUAUAAAUAUUUCAAUUAACUUUACUAGAAGUUUGUUUAUUAAACUUUUUGAACAUUAAAUUAUCAGUAUUCCUUGAAAUACAUCUAUAGGUAAUUAAACGAAAAAGGCCAUUAGGUUCACCUCCUCUCCCUGUUUGUAUAUUUUAGCUUAUGCAUUAUGUAUCUCAAAUCGAUACCUUUCUGUGAACAGCAUCAUAAUUCUUAUCAUGGGAAGUGUAUUGUAUAUAAUUAAUUUGUGCCAUGUAUAUGCAAAAAUUAUAAUUUCCCUCUAAAUAAAACUUCAGUCACAAAGAC